GAUCAUACUUAAAAACGACAACACACACAACUGAAUUUUCUAAAUACCAUCCACCUUUUAAAAAGUCAGAGUGGCGGGUAAUAAGUGGAGGGGAAGAAUGUUUCUGUCUCUUCCUACGUUGACUGUCCUUAUUCCGUUGGUCUCGUUAUCAGGGCUGUUAUACUCGGCCUCCGUGGAAGAAAACUUCCCACAGGGCUGCACUAGCACAACCAGCCUGUGCUUUUACAGUCUGCCCUUGCCGAUUACCAUACCCGUUUAUGUGUUCUUCCACCUUUGGACUUGGAUGGGUAUUAAACUCUUCAGGCAUAGUUAAUACAACCAGAGCCAAGAUGGUAUAUCCUAAUGAUAGGCUUGAGUGUCUGUCUCUGAAAACUCAACUACAUGGAAAUACUGGACACCCACUUAAUGUGCAAGAAAGAUGCUUUGCCUAGCUUCUGUCAGAGGUUUAGGACUGGGGAGGCUUAAGCUGCAGAGGCUUUUUUAUUGUACUUUGGUUCUGCCCUUGUUUUUUGAAAGUUCUUAUUUAUACCUGGGGUAUCAGGAGAAACAUUUCAACAAAGUGUCUUGUUGGAAAUUAACAGCCCCAGCCAUCAUCUGAUGACUUUAUUUCUUAUCCCAUUCAUAAUUAAAAGUUACUAAUUUGAAAUCUUAAACAAACAAAAAAAAAGUCAAUCCUAAAACUCUGAGGAGAGUCAACUUUUGAUUUUGUUA